AUGAUUUCAAGAGUAAUAAAAUCAAGAAUCAAUUCCUCCUCAAUAAUAAAUAUCACAACCCUCCAAACUCGUCAAUACUCAAUCAAAUCCCAAAAUCAAAAAUUACGUCAAUAUAUGCGAGAUCUUGAUAAAGAUGAAGUUAAACGGGAAAAUAUUUUAAAAUAUUUCAGAAGAGUAGGUGCUAUUUCCAUAGGAGCGGUUUUAGUCUCAUUGAGUUUUGCAGUAUAUGCUCAAUCUGGUGUGGUGGAGGAAUAUGAGGAAGAUGUGUCCGUUCCUAAUUUGUCGANCUCAAUCUGGUGUGGUGGAGGAAUAUGA